AUGACUUUACUGUCGGGUUGCAAGCGCCACGGUGACUUGGAUCGUGGCGAGAGAGCCGCCAGGAAAGUUUUCGAGCUAGCACCGGCAGAGACUCUCCCUCACGUCUUCCUCUCCAACAUGUACGCCGCUGCCAAGCGAUUUGACGACGCUCGAAGAGUUCUGAAGGAGAUGGAAGAGCGCGGAGUGACAAGCCCAGUGGCAGUAAGCUACAUCGAGAUUGACAACGAGCUACACAUGUUUACGAGUGGUGGUAGAGACGAGCAGCACGAGGGUCACGACGGCCGGACGAUGGAGAGGGUCCGGUCCCUGCUGCUGGAACUUUUAGAGCCCAUGAAGCAAGCUGGAUACGUCCCCGACACGAGGGAAGUUUACUUGGAGCAGCAGGGUGGCACAAGCGAGGAGGAGAAACAACGUAGCCUGUGCUUCCACAGCAAAAGGCUUGCCAUCGCCUACGGACUGAUCGCCGCCAAAGAUCCAGACGAUUCUAGUCCGCUGGGAGUCGUCAACAGCCACCGGGUGUGCUCCGACUGCCACUCCCUCUCAGAUAUCAUUGAGAAGGGGAUUUUUAGUUGGCGGGGACAAAAUGAGAGCAAGAAAAUCGUGCCGGAUAAAGCACGCUUGGAUCCUCUACACGCACACAAAGCUGGGGUCUUGGUUGCAUUGAAAAGGAGCCUCCUGGGACUGGGAAACACCUCAGACUGGACUGUGGAAAACUCCGAUCGAGCAUGCACCGACUGGAAGGGAGUGAUUUGCAACAGUGACGAUUCAGAGGUGGUGGAGCUUCAUCUGGCAGGAAAUGGAUUCACAGGUGAGAUCUCGUCGCCGGCACUCGGGCAGCUGGCGAGUUUGCGAGUCUUGGACGUGAGCAAAAACCGGCUGGUCGGAUCUCUUCCUGCGGAGCUUGGGCUGCUGCAAAGCUUGCAAGCUUUGGACGUCUCGGGUAACAGACUGACUGGGAGCUUGCCUCGGGAUCUCGGCAACUGCAGCGCUCUUCGUUUUCUCAACGCCCAGCAAAACCAGCUUCAAGGUCCGAUACCGCCCCAGCUGGGAGCGCUCCAGAGGUUGGAGAUACUCGUCCUGGACAACAACCGCUUGUCAGGUUCUCUUCCUCCGUCCCUUGCGAACUGCUCGAAGCUCCAGGAGAUUUGGCUGACGAGCAAUGAUGUUGAAGGAGAGAUUCCGCAGGAAGUCGGGGCUAUGCAGGAGCUGCGAGUAUUCUUCGUGGAGAGAAACCGGUUGGAAGGGCUCAUUCCACCAGUUUUUGCAAAUUGCUCGUCUCUCGAGCUCUUGGCGCUCGGGGAGAAUUCUCUGGGCGGGAGGAUACCAGAUGAGCUUGGACGGCUCGAAAACUUGGUGGCGCUCUCGCUGUAUAGCUUGCAGCAGCUGGAGGGGCCAAUUCCUCCUGAGAUCGGCAACAACAGCAAGCUCGAGUGGUUUGAUAUCAACGGAAACUCGCUCAUGCAUGGCUCGAUUCCAGUGUCGCUGCUUCAGCUCCCGCGCUUGGCCACCUUGCAACUCUCUUAUUUCAACAACACCUCAGACCGUCCGGUCCCGGAACAGCUCUGGAACAUGACUCAGCUCGAGUUUCUGGGAAUGGGGAGGACAAACAGCCGAGGGAUCCUGUCACCGAUCGUCGGAAACUUGACAAGGCUUCGGUCGCUGGCACUCAACGGGAACCGCUUUGAAGGAAGCGUUCCGGACGAGCUGUCCAAGUGUCCCAGGAUGGAGACGCUGAUCCUCUCCGACAACAGACUCCUGGGAGGCGUUCCUCGAUCGCUUGGCACGCUUGAGCGUCUCAGACUUUUGAUGCUCGAUGGAAACCAGCUCUCCGGAGCAAUACCAGAGGAGCUCGGGAACUGCACCAACCUGGAAGAGCUGGUCCUCGAGAGGAACUUCUUCCGUGGAGCAAUACCAGAGUCCAUCGCCAGGAUGGCAAAGCUUCGGAGUUUGCUCCUCUACGGAAACCAGCUCUCCGGAGUGAUUCCAGCUCCAGCUUCGCCAGAGAUGAUCGACAUGAGGCUGCACGGCAACAGCUUAUCAGGCUCCAUCCCUCCCUCCGUUGGCAACCUUUCCAAACUUUCCAUACUCUAUCUCUCCAACAACAAACUGGACGGCUCCAUCCCGGCCACUCUCGGACAGCUUCGACGAUUGACACAGGUGGACUUCUCCGAGAACCAGCUCACGGGUGGUAUUCCUGGCAGCCUCGCAAGCUGUGACUCCUUGCAGCUACUGGAUCUAUCCUCCAACCUCCUGAGUGGAGAGAUUCCGGCGUCCAUCGGUGAAUGGACCGGCUUCCAGACCGCGGACAAGAACCAGGCUCUCAACAUAUCGUCCAUGACACCGGCGGGAGUGUUUCCGGAGAACUCCACCGAUGCAUACCGAAGAACUGUGUCCGAGGAUUUGGCUGGCAUCGUGGAUGGACACACGUACCAGCAAUACGCAAGGGAGUUGGAGGUGCCAGGAGUGCUCGACUUGUCUGCGAACCAGCUCACUGGUGAGAUUCCCGCAAGCUUGGGAAAGCUGGCUGGAGUCCGGGAGCUCAACUUGUCACACAACCGACUGUCUGGAGGCAUUCCAUGGACUCUGGGAGAGAUGACGUCCAUGGCAGUGCUGGAUCUCUCUUUCAACCGGAUCAACGGGAUGAUACCAGGGGGACUGGCGAGGCUUCACUUGCUCAAGGAUCUGAGGGUCGUGUUUAAUGACUUGGAAGGCAGGAUUCCAGAGACUCUGGAGUUUGGCGCGUCGAGCUACGAGGGAAAUCCAGGACUGUGCGGGGAGCCUCUCUCCCGGCCGUGCGAAGGAGAUGGCCUCGUGGACGUGGGCGAUGGUGCAACUUGGUGGAAGGAGAACGUCUCCAAUGGGGCCUUUGUAGUGGGAUUUCUUGGUGGGUUCUUCACGAUGUUGUGGAGCGCCAUCUUUUUAUUUGUUUGCCAACCAGGAAUCACUAAUUACUACCUCAACUUUUGCAGUGUAAAAGUCCAGGCUCAAUUCACUCUGAUGGAACCGAUAGACCUGGAGCACUUCAUGCAGACUGAAUAUGAGCCUUUGGAACCGAGACCAAGGUUGUUGCGAUACUACAAAGGAGAUUUGAAAAUUGUUCUACUGGAGGAAAAUGAAGCUGAGUUACCAUUGGACGCUAGGACGCUGGCCCAACCAACUUUAGCAGCGCGCCAUCCAGUAGCGGCAUGGAACAAUAUCUAUGCCGGUACCAGUAAGCCGCACGAGUUUGUAUUGCUAGUGCAAAGCGUUGCUGCAGUACAAUGUUCCCGUUCCGUGUCAGAGGAGGUGAAGAUUCCCAAGGGUGUCGAGAUUGUCAAUGACAUCGAGCAAAACGGUGAACAUAAUACUCUUGCCUUGUCCAGGCAUCGUGCACGGGGAAGUCGCCAGCUGGGAGUUUACGUCUGCUACUGCAGCCUUGCGAGCGUACAUUCUUCGGCUUAUCCUCCUCGGACCCCGGAGCUCGCAGACAAGCUUGCAAGCUACAGCACCGAGGAUUCCAUGGUGCUCUAUCUUGAGCAAGUCCUGGGGGAGGAGCUGGAUGGGAAGUCUCCGCUUAGGGCUCUGCUCCAGUCCUCAUAA